AGUUGCGGUGAAAACAUUAGAUUUCUCUCCAGGAAACCGCGUGUCCUGAGCUCUGCCAGUGGAAAGACUUCACUCGGAUCCUGCUUUAGUUUCACCUUCACCCCUUCCCCCCCCCCCACCCCCCCACCUCCCAACCCCGAGAAACUAUUAUUAUUUCCUGUCCCCUUCCAACUUCCCUCUUUUUUAAAAAAAAUAUUUCCUCUCUAUUUGGUGUUUGUAUUGAUAUCAUUCAUCUGCUUUUCUUAUACAUCAGCCGGGACUCCGAGUGGAAAAGAGAGAGAGAGAUCGGAGGUUGGGUUGGGGGGGGGGGAGUGGAAGAAGUAUCCGACAUUACUGACAGAUUUACGAGCCAAUUGCGAACCAUCGCCUCAAGGCUACAUGAUUUGAUCCCGACAGAGAAGUGCUUGUUUGAAUUAGCCCAUCGGAACAAAGGGAUCCGGGGAUGUACAACAUUGUAUUGCACUGUGUUUGAUCGCGGCUACCCCCCCCCCCCCCCUCCCCAAAACCUAUAUCAUUUGGGGGUGUUUCGUAAUUUCUGAAGAUCGUCAGCGAUCUGGAGAAUUUCCUACAGCAGCAGCAGCAGCAACGUGAAAGAUGUUUCCUCACAACCGAUCAUCGGUUCCACCAUCUGCAACUCCAGCAGCAUCAUCCCAGCCCUUAAAGUUCACCUUCCCAGAAACAUUGGAUCGAAUUAAGGAAGAAUUCCAGUUUCUGCAGGCACAGUACCACAGCCUUAAGAUGGAAUGUGAGAAACUGGCCAGUGAAAAGACAGAGAUGCAGCGACAUUAUGUGAUGUACUAUGAAAUGUCAUAUGGCCUCAAUCUUGAGAUGCAUAAACAAACUGAAAUUGCAAAGAGACUGAAUGUGAUCUGUGCCCAGCUCCUUCCUUACUUAUCACAGGAACAUCAGCAACAGGUAAUCCAGACCAUAGAACGUGCAAAGCAAGUGACCAUGGGUGAAUUAAACGCUGCCAUCGGGGUCCGAGGACUUCCCAUUCUACCACCCCCACACCACUUUCAACCCCAACAGCUAUCCCAUCAUGCAUCUCCCUUCCCACUUGCCCUCCACCCAUCAGGUCUGCAACUUCCCACCAUGUCAUCCAUCGGUGCGAGCUCAGGUCUUCUGGCGCUGUCCAACGCACUUGCAGCUCAUCCCCCGUUUGCGCUGAAAGAAGACAAGAAUCAUCAAGAUCCGGAGCAUCGACGAGACAGAGACCAAGGCUCAAGCUCUGUACAUUCAUCCAAUGGAGACAAACCAAGGAACUCCACUGAAUACCCCAACCAUCUAAAGAAGAAGAAGACAGAGGAACGAGAUUCGGUGAAUGAUUAUGACAGUGAUGAAGACAAGAGUGAUGAUAAUCUUGUGGUUGAUGUUUCUAACGAGGAACCUUCAUCACCUCACAGCAGUCCUUCUCAAGCAACACAUGAAAAUGGAUUAGACAAACUGCAUGUGAGGAGGAAGAACCAAGUGAAUAGUCCCAGCUCUUUAGUUUCCACUAGUAGCACUCCUCCUCCACCACUAAAGAGUAAAGACCCAGCUGUGAAUGAGAAAUCCAGUACACCUAGUCUGAAGUCGAAUAUACCAUCAUCGCGGGGGGAUUCUGCAACCCCAGGCACGAGUGGGACAUCACAACUCUGCUCAGCCUCGAGCAAAACUGGGGCUGAUCCUUUAGCAUUGGGGUUAAAAACACCUCUGUCUGUACAGGGUGCUUUCCCUGUUCCAUUCGGAAUGGUCCACACUGCAGUCAAUGGGGGGAUUGCUGGUGCCAAUGCAUACGCAGGUUUACACUUCGCUUCCCCUCAACUCAAUGGUGGAGCCUCGGCCUCCACAUUUGGACGCUCCUCUGUGGCUGGAUUUGAGCCUCACUCUCACAAACGAGGUCCUGGACUCCCUGGGAGCCUGUCCGCAGCGACUGCAGGAAAACCUGCCUACUCAUUCCAUGUUGGAGCAGACAGACAGAUGCAGCCUGUCGCUUUCCCGACCGAUGCUCUCACAGGCCCAGGCAUCCCGCGGCACGCACGACAGAUCAACAACCUUCCCCACGGAGAGGUGGUGUGUGCAGUGGCCGUCAGUAACUUCACAAAGCACGUGUACACUGGGGGAAAAGGCUGCGUCAAAGUGUGGGAUAUCAGUCAGCCAGGAAACAGAAGCCCAGUCUCACAGCUGGAUUGUCUGAACAGGGAAAACUAUAUCCGGACCUGCAAGCUCUUCCCCGAUGGCCGAAGUCUGAUUGUGGGUGGCGAAGCCAACACCAUUUCCAUCUGGGAUCUCGCAGCUCCGAGUCCGCGAAUAAAAGCUGAAUUGACCUCGUCAGCCCCUGCUUGCUACGCACUGGCUAUUAGCCCUGAUGCUAAAGUCUGCUUCUCCUGCUGCAGCGACGGAAGUAUUUUUGUCUGGGAUCUGCAUAAUGAAACACUCAUUCGGCAGUUCCAAGGCCACUCUGACGGCGUCAGCUGCACUGAUAUUUCAAAUGAUGGGACCAAGCUAUGGACUGGAGCACUGGACAACACAGUCAGGUGCUGGGACCUGAGGGAGGGGCGUCAGGUGCAUCAGCAUGAUUUUGCCUCACAGAUCUUUGCACUGGGCUGUUGCCCAACAGGGGGAUGGCUGGCUGUUGGCACGGAGAGCAGCAAUGUAGAGGUUUUACAUGUCAACAAACCGGAUAAAUAUCAGCUUCACCUUCAUGAGAGUUGUGUUCUGUCACUCAAAUUUGCUUAUUGCGGUAAAUGGUUUGUAAGCACUGGAAAAGACAACCUUCUCAAUGCAUGGAGAGUACCGUAUGGAGCAAGUAUAUUCCAGUCCAAAGAAUCUUCAUCUGUACUAUGCUGUGACAUCUCAGUUGAUGACCAAUAUGUUGUUACUGGCUCAGGGGACAAGAAGGCCACGGUUUAUGAAGUAAUUUACUGAGGAUUCAGACCUUUAUUGGAAGGGAUGGGAUUGUGGGGGGAGGGAGCCUUUAACCUUGAAGAAGAGACCUGGAACCUGGAUCAGUGAAGCGUAUUACCCAAGGAUCAUGUUGAAUGGAAUUUUCGUCCUCGCAGGAAGAUUUUCUGAUGUGGCCUUGACUUGGUUGUUGAAAUUAACUUUGACUUGCUUUAACGAAAGAGGAUAUAUGAGUAGACCAAAAUGGUGGAUGUUCACCUGAAGAGGAAGGGUUACUCAAGAUUCCACAGUCCCACUAACUCCAGAUUUGAUGUUAAUGUUUAGGGUAACAUUAAUUGUACAUUUUUUUCAUUGUUCCUUUUUGUUAUUUGUAAUGUUAAAAUCCACUGUUGGGUUUCAUAACUUGAUGGGGAGAAAUCUGAAGCUGCUUGAUUUUAAUUUUUAGACAGAGGUAACUCCUUUCAACAGUGUGCUGCCCCUGGAUCGGAGAAGGUCCUUACAGAAACUGAACAUUGUGUCUGAAGAUUUUUGCGAUGAGUUGCGUUUUAAAACAUAUUUAUGAAAAAGCA